CUCCUCACUUUUCUCUCUCUCUCUGGCUCUGGCUCUAAUGGCUGUCUCCAACUCUCUCCUGAUUCUCUUUCUCACCAUCUCUUCUCUCUCCCUCUCAAUCGAAGGAAUCCAGAACUCCAACAACUUUAAACCCUCAAAGUAUUCUUUCUCGUUCCCUCUUACAUCUCGCCGCAUUUCUCGCCCUGCCUCUGCUGCAACUCUCCUUCCCUCACUCGUUUCAUCAACCAGCCGGAACCCCAACUCAAGCACUGGUUCGAAGAACAACCAAUCAGCUUACAAAUCUUCAUUCAAGUAUUCAGUCGCUCUGAUCGUUUCUCUCCCAAUCGGGACUCCACCACAGAGCCAACCAAUGGUGUUGGAUACCGGAAGCCAGUUAUCAUGGAUCCAAUGCCACAACAAAACCCUUGCAAAACCUCCUCCGUUUAAUCCUUCCAUGUCUUCAUCAUUCUCUGUUCUUCCCUGCAACCACCCUCUCUGCAAGCCCAGGAUUCCCGAUUUUACUCUCCCAACGGAUUGCGAUCAGAACCGCCUGUGCCACUAUUCUUACUUCUACGCCGACGGCACCUUGGCCGAGGGCAAUCUCGUCCGAGAAAAAAUCACAUUUGCCAGAUCGCAGAGCACCCCUCCUUUGAUCCUCGGCUGUGGUCAGGACGCCGGCGCCGCGGAGGGUAUUCUGGGGAUGAAUCUCGGCCGGCUGUCAUUUGCUUCACAGGCCAGGAUUUCGAAGUUCUCGUAUUGCGUUCCGGUUCGCCGGAACCAGAUGAAGGUUCCGCCGGUAGGAGCAUUUUAUCUUGGUGAGAACCCAUAUUCCGGCGGAUUCCGGUACGUUGACCUUUUGACCUUCAACCAAAGUCAAAGUCAGCAGAUGCCAAAUCUUGAUGGGGCGGCGUAUACGGUUGUGAUGGAGGGGAUACGAAUUGGCGGGAAAAGACUGAACAUUUCGCGAUCGGUUUUCCGGCCGAAUCCCAGCGGAGCCGGUCAGACGAUAAUCGAUUCCGGCACGGAGUACACGUUUUUGGUUGAGGACGCUUAUGCUAAGGUGAGGGAGGAGGUUGUGAGAUUGGUGGGACCGUCCAAGGUGAAGAAAGGAUACGUGUACGGUGGAGCGUUGGAUUUAUGUUUUAACGGCGAUCCGGUACUGAUCAGACAGUCGAUAGGAGGGAUAGUGUUGGAAAUGGGAAAAGGGGUCGAGAUUCUUGUGGAGAAGGAGAGAGUUUUGGCUGGUGUUGGCCGUGGGGUCCAUUGCUUGAGCAUCGGACGGUCAGAAUUGCUGGGCGUGGAGAGCAGUAUAAUUGGGAACGUUCAUCAGCAAAAUCUAUGGGUAGAAUUCGAUCUUGCUAACCGUAAAGUUGGAUUCGGGAGGGCGGAGUGUAGCAAUUCAGCGUAAACGAGCACGAGCAGCACCAUCAGAAUGCCGUAUUGCCGUUCAACAUUUCAAAUUUACCCCCUGUGAAUAUCUAUGAUACCGUAGUCUCGCAUUGGCUUCACGUCCAGGCUAUAAAAAUUACAUCAAGAUAUUUUUGUUUUUUCAUUUUUAUUUAUUCGCGUGAAAGUGUAUACUCGUUCACCGUCCGAUUUUAAGUGAAUGGUGGGAUCCACAUCCACCUCGUUGGUUUUGCACACGCUGCAUUUCAGCAUCUCAUAUAUUGUUUCAUUGGUUAAUAAAAGUGAUGAUUCCUAACA